GAUGGAAUCAAAGUUCAUCAAAUGGAGGUUCAAAGACAGCAAUCGCCAUCUUCUGGAAGCACUUGGCAGGUUCAAAGUGUUCGCGGAGUUAAACAAGGACAAUGGGAGCAAACGCAUACAUCUGAGAUAACAGGAGAUCAAGGCCAAAAGAUAACAAGGCAUUCCUAUCAAGCCCAGCACAGCUCAUCAUCGCAUCAACAGAGUUUCUACCAUAGCAGCCAAAAUUCCGGAGCAAUUCAAUUUCGAACACAUGAAACAGAACCGAACUUCCCUGCCUUAAUGCAAAAAGAUGGAAAAUGGGAAGUGCGAAGGGUAAGUGUUGAUGACAAYACGAGAUACGCACCUCAGACAUCCAUGGAAGUACAACCACUCGAACGGAAGGUCACGUURGGUGCCACAGAUAAAAACGCUCCUCAAAGGAAAGAACUGAUGAAAGAAUUCAAACAAAAGGCUCAGACAAAAACCUAUGAAGAUGUACUGGAAGAUGGAACGCACGUCAAAAGAAUAAUACAAACAAGUGGGGGAACUACUUAUGAUGAGCCUGGGAGUCAAACACGAGUUCACAGUGUCAGGGAGCAUGUUGUUAUGUCCAAAAGGUAUUGAAAGCAACCAAGAUAUCUACAAGAAAAAAACGUCCAAGUUAUUUUAUCCCAGCGAUCUAAUUUUUACCUAAACAACAUUGCACUUCAUACGCAAUUGGUGUACGUAUUCCAUGGAUAGUCAUCAAAGAAAGCUAGCAUAAAAAGUGACUCAGUAACUCUUAUUCUGCUAUUAGAAUUAUAAUAUAAAUUGUUAUCACUGAUGCAUAUGUAUAACUACAAAACGGCCCAUUUUGUAGUUACGUUUGCAGAAUUUUAAUUAAUAACAUUUGCGCAAUAUCUUUGACCUGACUAUCAACGUGCAUAUCAAUUUCUUUUUCAAAAUGUAAACAAGAGUUUUAGAUUGACGUUUACUAAAAACGUCAGAGCUAACCACGUGCUUACUGUUUCUUUUUCUGUAUUAACGCAACGUUCUUUUGCAUUUGUACGUAAAUUCGAUCGUUUUGUAGUGCGUGAGCGCAUCACUGAUUCCUUUCAAUUACGUUUUUUUAAUUUUGUAGAGCGAAUCUUUUAAGUCAAUUCGGCGUUGGCCGUGAACGUGAAUCUAAAUCUCUUUAUACUAGUUAUCAACCUUAAGUUGUGUUAUGUUAGAUAUUUGAGCAAUAUUUGAGCAUUUCAGAGGCAGUUGUACGAAGAACGAAGUCUGUAUGUUCAGAAAUAUUCAGUGAAGAAAAUCUUAAACUUUAUCCAACUUUCGUACAACCGUCUCCUGAACUCUCUUGUCAUUUUACGUGACGACUAUUGCUGUCACUGAAUUUUUUAAAUAAUGUAUAGGGAAGAUGGUGAAAAUCAUUGCCAAGUAGAGUUAAAGGAAAAAUUGUGUAAGCAAAGAGAGGAUUUUUAUUGAUUUUCAAGAUAAUAUACAUAGUAUUAUUAAAUGACCUGAAAAAUGUU